AUGGCUAGGGCAAUGUGUAAGGAAUCCGUAAAGGUUGCAUGGUCCAGAGCGCUAUGCAGCCAUGGUUACGGGACUGCACUUCGGUUGCUGGACCAUUACGUUCGAUUGGAACGAAAUUGGUUCCAAUAUUUCGGAGAGGCGAGCAUAUCCUCCAUCAGGGGUCUGGACAUCAAGGGUUGGCGUCGAGGAGUGGGCAAAUCUGCAGGGUACAUGGAAGACGAUGCGUACGAACCUGAAACGAUACAUGGUGAUGAUUCCGCUCAUUAUCCGUUCAAUUUGGCAGAUGUGGAUCGGAGAAGGAAUUGGCAAGCAACACUCUCCCCUUUUAAACGACGGACGGCCGAAGUAAAAGACACCACAACGAACAAAGGAACAAGUAACUGGCAAGAUUCGGAAUCGGAUUUAAUACCACCUGGUGCUGAAAAUGAAUCCGCGUCAACAGUGGCAGGGGGCAAAAGCGGUGUCACGGAUGCUGGGACUGCGGAACGAUCCUCGGAGCCCAGUUACACAAAUAAGUCAGGGCUAACGUCCGAACAGCAAACUAUACGCAAUAAAAGCGUCGCAAGUUGCAUAGAAGCACACCUAAGGGAUAGGCUUAACCCCAAGUGCUCUGUCGGCGUAUUUGGAAGCGCCAUUAAUGGACUUUGGACCGACGCUAGCGACCUCGAUAUUUGUGUACAAAUACCAAAUGUAACAUCAAGAAGCGCAAUCAUACGUAACCUAAGGCGUAUUGCGUUCCUGUUGCAACCGUUGGCGCCAGGGAGAGCGUUCGAAAACAGGUUCACGGCAAAAAUACCCAUAUUGCAUUGGAAAAACGAAAAAACGAGCAAAAGAGCCGGAGACCCACUGAUACAAUCGCUAGGUUGUUCCAUAGACAUAUCGGUGAACAACGUUCUCGCCAUUUCAAACUCCGCGCUCCUAGGGACAUAUGUCGCCUGUGACUCCAGAGUAAAAGACCUGGUUUUGGCUCUUAAAAAAUGGGCGCGAUUCAGGGACCUUAACGACAGAUCUAAGGGCACUUUGGGCUCUUUCGCCCUCUCUAUAAUGGCGAUACAUUUUUUACAAAGGUGUAACCCGCCAAUUCUGGUGUCGCUACAAGACCUGGCCAUCGCGGACAACGAAUCACCAAAGUACGUGAGUGGAAUCGAUGUUAGAUUUACAACCAACAUGCGACGCAUCAAAGAGGAGCUCAAGUGGGCAUCGAAAGGAAUACCAAACGAAAUGAAUGUUGCAGAAUUAUUGCAAGCAUUUUUCUACUACUUCGGCUGGACGUACACCAAAAAUACGCAGCUACCCAUUUGUAUCCGCAGCGUUGAUUUUCAAUACAUGGAUACACCUCUGUCAUUUGCGCACAAAUCAGCAGGCAUUGACAUAGAUGAAAAAUUCAUGCACGUUGAUAACCCCUUCGAGGUGGGCGUGGACGUGGCUAACAUUUCGUUCCACCAGCGUAACCGCAUCGUUGCGGAGCUGCGGCGGGCGUACAAAAUACUGCAGGCGGGCGGUAGCUACGACGACAUACUGUCCGGCUGA